AUUGAUUUUUAAUUUUUCAACCAAACAACGCGCAUUGACAAACCACAGAAUCCAAUCCUGUUGUUCCAAGUCCAAAACCCCUUGCAAGCAUUUGCUUGUUCUACUUCUUCAGAUAAGCCCCCAUCUCCAAAAUUACUUGCAUACAUAUUUGUAUAGCCAUGUCUCUGUACCUCAGAGCUUUACCAUCUCUUUCAUUAAAGCUUAGACCUUUUUAUCUCAAACCCCCUCUCCCUCUAUUUUAUCUCAACAAAUUCUUUAAACCCAUCUCUGUGUUACCCAAAAGAAGCCUCUCAAAUUCUGCUGCUGCUACUCCAGACACUCUAAUCCCACUUCCUAAACAACCCACUGAAGAUACCCUUUUAUGGGUUAGUAGAACUGGGCUGUGUGGUGAUUUGUCUCAGAAUGAUGUGGGCAAAAGGGUCUGUCUUUGUGGUUGGGUUGCUCUUCAUAGGAUUCAUGGGGGCCUUAGCUUUCUUAAUCUAAGAGACCAUUCUGGAAUCAUUCAGGUUACAACGCUACCAGACGAGUUUCCUGAAGCACAUUCUAUAAUUAAUGACCUGAGGCUCGAGUAUGUUAUUAGUGUGGAAGGAGUUGUUCGAAACCGGCCUGCUGAGUCAAUGAACAAGAAAAUGAAGACUGGCAUGAUUGAGAUUGCUGCAGAGAAUGUUAAGAUUUUGAAUGCUGUAAAAUGUAAGUUGCCAUUUUUGGUUACUACAUCUGAUGAUGCAAAGGAUUCAUAUAAAGAGGAAAUCGGCUUGAGGUACCGAUGCCUUACACUGCGUCGACCACAGAUGAAUGCCAAUAUAAUGUUGCGACAUCAGGUGGUAAAAUUUAUUCGUAGGUACCUGGAGGAUUUACAUGGUUUUGUGGAGAUUGAGACUCCAAUACUGUGUAGAUCUACUCCAGAGGGUGCACGGGACUAUCUGGUGCCUUCAAGAGUUCAGCCAGGAACUUUCUAUGCUUUGCCCCAAAGUCCACAGCUCUUUAAGCAAAUGCUGAUGGUUUCUGGUUUUGAUAAGUAUUAUCAAAUAGCAAGAUGUUUCAGGGAUGAGGAUCUAAGGGCUGAUAGGCAACCUGAAUUUACACAACUUGACAUGGAACUGGCUUUCACUCCUUUAGAGGACAUUUUAAAGUUGAAUGAGGAUUUGAUUAGACAGGUUUUUCUAGAGAUCAAAGGUGUUCAGCUACCAAAUCCUUUCCCAAGGCUUACUUAUGAUGAAGCAAUGAGUAGAUAUGGUUCUGACAGGCCAGAUAUUCGUUUUGAUCUUGAAUUAAAGGAUGUCUCUGAUGUGUUUGUAGAGUCCCCUUUCAAAGUGUUUGCAGAUGCUGUGUCAAGUGGGGGUGUUAUUAAAGCACUUUGUGUGCCAUCCGGAGGGAAAACUUAUUCAAACACCGCUCUUAAGAAAGGUGAAUUAUACAGUGAAGCAAUGAAAUCUGGUGCAAAGGGUUUACCUUACCUGAAAGUCGUGAGUGAUGGGGAAGUUGAAGGGAUUUCUGCCCUUGUAUCAAGUAUGGACCAAAGUAGAAAACAGCAGCUACUAGAACGAUGUAAUGCAGAAUCAGGGGAUCUUAUCUUGUUUGCAGUGGGCAACCAUUCAUCUGUUAAUAAAACCCUGGACCGCCUGAGGAUAUUUGUAGCCCAUCAGCUGGGAUUGGUUGACAAUACCAGGCAUUCCAUCCUGUGGGUAACCGACUUUCCGAUGUUUGAGUGGAACAGUUUAGAAGAAAGAUUUGAGGCUUUGCAUCAUCCUUUUACUGCUCCUCACCCCGAAGAUAUGAAGGAUCUUUCCUCGGCUCGUGCCUUAGCUUAUGACAUGGUCUACAAUGGAGUUGAGAUUGGUGGUGGAAGUUUGAGAAUUUAUAAGCGUGAAGUCCAAGAAAAGGUCUUAAAAAUAAUUGGCAUCUCGCGUGAACAGGCUGAAGCAAAGUUUGGCUAUCUUUUAGAGGCAUUAGACAUGGGUGCUCCUCCACAUGGGGGUAUUGCUUUUGGAUUAGAUAGAUUAGUGAUGCUAUUAGCUGGUGCAAACUCGAUCCGCGACGUCAUAGCUUUCCCAAAGACGAUGAGUGCUCAGUGUGCCCUUACUAGUGCGCCUUCUGGGGUUGAUCCUCAGCAGCUGAAGGAUCUUUUAUAUCAGGCCUAGAAUUUUUGAAUACUGAAAUUAGAAAAGUUGAAUUAUAUAGGUAGUCUGUGGUUAGAUUAAAGUUGGUUCCACAUUCUGCAACAAUAUAUGACCAGAUGGUUAGCGAAAGAAUAAUGCUGAGAUAUGUUGGUUACUGUAAAUUGCACCGUGAAACAUUGCAGUUUUCUGAUACCUCAGCAUAAUGGGGAAAUCAUUAGCCUUUUUUUUUUGUUUGCUCAAUGCAGCUUCAACUUUCUUUGCAAUUCAGUUUGCACUGUUCCUUGUGGAAUAAAGAAUAUGUAACAUCAAUUGUAUUAUAUCAUUAUUAUGAAGUAUUCCUGUAUAUAAUAAUUUUUUUGGGAUUGA